CGACCAGACCAAGGUCCAGACCUGCGCUGAGCGUGGGCGGGCCGGUGCAGGCGCAGUGUGGCGAGUACGCCUGAGCGCGGGAAGCGGAGCGGCGCUGCGCGGGCGCUUGCGUCCCCUCUUUUUCUGUCUCGGAUGCUCUGUCACCCCAAUAAAGGAAAAGAUGCCUGCCACACAGAAGCCGAUGAGAUACGGACAUACAGAGGGACAUACGGAUGUCUGUUUUGAUGAUUCUGGGAGUUGUAUUGUGACUUGUGGAAGUGAUGGUGAUGUGAGGAUUUGGGAAGACUUGGAUGAUGAUGAUCCUAAGUCCAUUAAUGUUGGAGAAAAGGCAUAUUCAUGUGCUCUGAAGAAUGGAAAAUUGGUUACUGCAGUAUCUAACAAUACUAUUCAAGUCCACACAUUUCCUGAAGGAGUUCCAGAUGGCAUAUUGACUCGCUUUACCACAAAUGCAAACCAUGUGGUCUUUAAUAAGGAUGGUGCAAAAGUUGCUGCUGGAUCUAGUGACUUUCUAGUCAAAGUUGUGGAUGUGAUGGAUUGCAGCCAACAGAAAACAUUUCGAGGACAUGAUGCCCCUAUUUUAAGUCUUUCUUUUGAUCCUAAGGACAUCUUUCUGGCCUCAGCUAGUUGUGAUGGAUCUGUCAGAGUAUGGCAAAUUUCAGAUCAGACAUGUGCUGUUAGUUGGCCACUGCUACAAAAAUGCAACGAUGUGAUAAAUGCAAAAUCCAUCUGCAGACUUGCUUGGCAACCAAAAAGUGGGAAGUUACUGGCAGUUCCUGUGGAAAAAUCUGUUAAGCUGUAUAGAAGAGAAAGUUGGAGUAAUCAAUUUGAUCUUUCAGAUAAUUUUAUCUCUCAGACCAUCAAUAUAGUAACCUGGUCUCCUUGUGGGCAAUAUUUAGCUGCAGGGAGUGUUAAUGGUUUAAUUAUAAUUUGGAAUGUGGAAACCAAAGAUUGCUUGGAAAGGGUGAAACAUGAGAAAGGGUAUGCAAUUUGUGGCCUAGCCUGGCAUCCUACUUGUAGUCGCAUAGCUUAUACUGAUGCGGAAGGAAACCUUGGGCUCCUAGAGAAUGUUUGUAAUCCCAAUGGAGAAAUAUCAAGCAGUAAGGUGUCCAGCAGAGUGGAAAAGGAUUACAAUGAUCUUUUUGAUGGAGACGAUACGAGUAAUGCUGGUGAUUUUCUAAAUGACAAUGCAGUCGAAACCCCCUCUUUUUCAAAAGGUAUUAUACAUGAUGAUGAGGAUGAUGACAUCAUGCUGGCUUCAGGUCGUCCUAGACAGCGAAGUCACUUCCUGGAAGAUGAUGAAAACUCAGUUGAUCUUACAAUGCUAAAAACUGGUUCUAGUCGUCUUAAAGAGGAGGAGGAAGAUGAUCAGGCAGACAGCAUUCACAAUCUACCACUUGUAACACCCCAAAGGAAAUUUUAUGAUGGGCCUUUGCCAACUCCCCGGCAAAAGCCUUUUCAGUCAGGUUCUACACCUGUGCAUCUCACUCACAGAUUCAUGGUUUGGAACUCUAUUGGAAUUAUUCGCUGCUAUAAUGAUGAACAAGACAAUGCCAUAGAUGUGGAGUUUCAUGAUACCUCCAUACACCAUGCAACACAUUUAUCGAACACUUUGAAUUAUACAGUAGCAGAUCUUUCCCAUGAAGCUAUUUUGUUGGCAUGUGAAAGCACUGAUGAACUAGCAAGCAAGCUUCACUGCCUGCACUUUAGUUCUUGGGAUUCAAGCAAAGAGUGGAUAGUAGACAUGCCUCAGAAUGAGGAUGUUGAAGCCAUAUGUCUUGGUCAGGGAUGGGCUGCUGCUUCCACUAGUGCCUUGCUCCUUCGAUUGUUUACUAUUGGAGGUGUUCAGAAAGAGGUCUUCAGUCUUCCUGGGCCUGUGGUGUCAAUGGCGGGACAUGGAGAACAGCUUUUCAUUGUUUAUCAUAGAGGAAUAGGAUUUGAUGGGGAUCAAUGCCUUGGCGUUCAACUGCUAGAGCUGGGGAAAAAGAAAAAACAAAUUUUGCAUGGUGAUCCUCUUCCUCUUACAAGGAAAUCCUACCUUGUAUGGGUUGGAUUUUCAGCUGAAGGUACCCCAUGUUUUGUGGAUUCAGAAGGCAUUGUUCGAAUGCUUAACAGAGGGCUUGGCAAUUUGUGGACUCCUGUAUGUAACACAAGAGAACACUGCAAAGGAAAAUCUGAUCACUACUGGGUGGUUGGUAUCCAUGAAAAUCCCCAACAACUGAGGUGCAUUCCUUGUAAAGGUUCUCGGUUUCCUCCCACCCUUCCACGCCCUGCUGUAGCUAUAUUAUCCUUUAAGCUUCCUUACUGUCAGAUUGGAACAGAAAAAGGACAAAUGGAGGAACAGUAUUGGCGUUCAGUUCUGUUUCACAACCACCUUGAUUAUUUAGCUAAAAAUAAUUAUGAAUAUGAAGAGAGCACUAAAAAUCAAGCAAUAAAACAGCAACAGGAACUUUUAAUGAAAAUGCUUGCACUUUCCUGUAAAUUGGAACGGGAAUUUCGUUGUGUGGAACUUGCUGAUCUAAUGACUCAAAAUGCUGUGAAUUUAGCCAUUAAAUAUGCUUCUCGUUCUCGGAGAUUAAUAUUGGCCCAAAGACUUAGUGAACUGGCUGUAGAGAAGGCCGCAGAAUUGGCAGCAACCCAGGUGGAAGAGGAAGAAGAAGAAGAAGAUUUCAGAAAAAAGCUGAAUGCUGGUUACAGUAAUAUUGCUACAGAAUGGAGUCAGCCAAGGAUCAGAAAUCAAGUUGAAGAAGAAGCAGAGGACACUGGAGAAGUUGAUGAUAUAGAAGAAAAAUCAGAAAUACAUAAGCAGGGACAGAACCCAUUUUCAAAAAGUGCAAAUUCCUGUGAUGUGCCAGCUAUUAACUCGGGUGCAGUUACCUCUAGCAACCAAGGACGAGUAAACCCCUUUAAGGUAUCAGCCAGUUCCAAAGAGCCAGCCAUCUCAGUGAAUUCAGCACGCUCUACUAAUAUUUUAGAUAAUAUGAACAAAUCAUACAAGAAAUCUACUGCACUCAAUCGAGCUACAAAUAACGAAAAGUCUCCAGUUAUAAAGCCUCUAGUUCCAAAGCCAAAGUCUAAGCAGGCAUCUGCAGCAUCCUAUUUUCAGAAAAAAACUUCUGAAACUGAUAAGACUGAGGAAAUAAAAGAAGAAAAUCCUAAAAAUUCAUCAUCUGAAACCUCAGCUGUGUGUGCUCAAGACACUGAAAAUCAAAGGCCAAAGACUGGGUUCCAGAUGUGGCUGGAAGAAAACAGAAGUAAUAUUCUGUCUGACAAUCCUGACUUAUCAGAUGAAGCAGACAUAAUAAAAAAAGGAAUUCUUCUAUUUAGAGUAUUGUCAACUGAAGAAAGGAAGGCAUGGGCUAUCAAGGCUAAAGGAGAAACUGCAAGUGAUGUUGCUGAAACAAAGAAGCGAAAAUUUGUGGAUGAAAGUCAGGAAACUGAAAACCAGAAAGAAAAAGCAACGGAGAAUCUGAAUUUGCCUAAAAAGCAAAAACCUUUAGAUCUUUCUACGAAUCAGAAACUGUCAGCUUUUGCAUUUAAGCAGGAAUAGAGUAAGGAAGUGGCCUUAGGAAAGUAAUGGAUUUUUUUUUUUCACUCAUCUUUGAUGAAUCUGGACUUUUAAAAAAUCUUUAGAAAAUGCUGUAUAUUUUUAAAAGAGUUUAAAGACAAUUGUUUGUCUUUAUAAUAUAGUAAUUAUACUGGUGUAGGUAGCAGGGAACAUGUAAAAACUAUCACCUCUGCAGAUUGCUCUGCCCCAAAAUUGAGGCCACCCAGAAGCAUUGUGAUUGUUGUGGUCACUGACUUGACUAGCAUGUCCCAGUGGAAGCCAGUUUGAUUUUGUUUCUUACCUUCAAAAUCAUCAAAGCCAAGGUCUUAACACCUCUAAGCACUGAAAUACCUUGUCGGGAUUUCCUCUUUUGGUUUUUUGUCAGGUACUGGGAAGUACUACAGUAGUCUCUUGCCAAGCAUUACCAUAGAUGGCUCUCUUUGUCUAAUCGGGACCUAGGGGACCGUGUUUUUUAAUAUGGGGCCUAAGCAUGUAUAUAAUUUUGUAGAUGAGAUAUUUUUGUUUUGGAAAUUUUUCGUAUAUGGCUUUCAAUUGUAUAGCCUAGUUUUUAAAAAAUAAAACUUUUACUUUUUCAUAUUUA